GAUCGCCUGGCGGCGCGGGGCGGCUGCUUUGGAGAUUGCACCGCCGCCUCCCUUCCAUCUCCCGCGGGGGCCGAGAGGGCAGCCCGGAGCGCACUCCGAAGCGGCGGCGAGGAGCGCCGGAAUCCUGGGGCUCCCGCGCGCGCGCGCGCGCUCCGCAGUGGGAAACCAGCCGCCCCUUUGCAAAGCGGACUUGCCCGGGUGUUCAACUUUUCCCCCCGCGCCCUGCUGCAGGCACCGGUCAUGAGCGGAGGGCAACAGCAAAUCCUGUGCCAAUUGAGAAUAUCCUGUUAAGAUCAUCCAUCCGUAAGUCAUGAAUACAGCAAAAGCUCUAAAACAUUGACCGCCCAGGAAACUAAGCAACUACUUAUAAAAAUUAAUUAUGCUUAUGGAAUAAAAGAAGCAAUUAUUGAUGAGCAAAAUAGUGGACCAGAGGACAGGCAGACUGGAACGGAUCAGCUGCCGGGGGAACCCCUGGCCGAACUGGAAGCAUGGAGGAGGGGAUUAAUGGAAAGAUGAACCAGGCCCAUGUCCUCUUUGACCGAUUUGUCCAGGCUUCCACCUGCAAAGGGACUCUGAAAGCCUUUCAAGAGCUCUGUGAUUAUUUGGAGCUGAAGCCCAAGGAUUACCGUACUUUCUACCACAAGCUCAAAUCCAAGCUGAGUUAUUGGAAAGCUAAAGCUCUUUGGGCCAAGUUGGAUAAGAGGGGCUGCCACAAAGACUAUAAGAAGGGGAAAGUGUGCGCCAACACGAAGUGUCUCAUUAUUGGGGCUGGACCCUGCGGCCUUCGGACAGCCAUUGAUCUCUCCUUUUUAGGAGCAAAGGUGGUGGUGAUAGAAAAGCGUGAUGCCUUCUCCCGCAACAACGUUCUGCAUCUGUGGCCGUUUACCAUUCAUGACUUGAGAGGUCUUGGCGCCAAAAAGUUCUAUGGCAAAUUUUGUGCAGGAGCCAUCGACCAUAUCAGUAUUCGUCAGCUUCAGCUGAUACUCUUGAAGGUCUCCUUAAUUCUUGGUGUUGAGAUCCAUGUCAAUGUAGAAUUUCAGGGUCUUCUCUGUCCUCCUGAGGACCAGGAGAAUGAGAGGAUAGGUUGGCGUGCACAAGUCUAUCCAAAAACACAUCCUGUAUCAGAGUACGAGUUUGAUGUGAUAAUUGGAGGGGAUGGAAGGCGAAAUACUUUGGAAGGGUUUCGGCGAAAAGAGUUUCGUGGGAAGCUGGCAAUUGCCAUCACGGCAAACUUUAUCAACCGGAAUACCACAGCUGAGGCCAAGGUUGAAGAGAUCAGUGGCGUGGCUUUCAUUUUCAACCAGAAGUUUUUCCAGGAUCUUCGAGAAGCAACUGGCAUUGAUCUAGAGAACAUUGUCUACUACAAAGAUGAUACCCACUAUUUUGUCAUGACUGCCAAAAAACAGAGCUUGCUGGACAAAGGAGUCAUAUUACAUGAUUAUGCAGACACAGAACUGUUACUGUCACGAGAGAAUGUGGACCAAGAGGCUCUGCUCAGCUACGCCAGGGAGGCUGCUGACUUCUCAACUAAUCAGCAGCUGCCAUCGCUGAACUUUGCCAUCAACCACUAUGGACAGCCCGAUGUCGCAAUGUUUGACUUCACGUGCAUGUAUGCCUCAGAGAAUGCAGCCAUGGUUCGAGAAUUGAAUGGCCACCCGUUGCUUGUGGCAUUGGUCGGGGACAGUUUGUUAGAGCCAUUUUGGCCAAUGGGAACUGGAAUAGCCAGAGGCUUUCUUGCUGCCAUGGACUCUGCCUGGAUGGUACGAAGCUGGUCCUUAGGAACAGGUCCUUUGGAGGUCCUUGCAGAAAGAGAGAGCAUCUAUAGGUUGUUGCCUCAAACUACACCAGAAAAUGUCAGCAAGAACUUCAGCCAAUACAGCAUCGAUCCUGUCACUCGAUACCCCAACAUCAAUAUCAAUUUCCUAAGGCCAAGCCAGGUACGUCAUUUGUAUGAUACAGGAGACUUGAAGGAUAUUCAACUGGAAAUAGAAAAUUUGCUGAAUUCUAGGACACCAAAGUUAUCACGGAAUGAGUCUGUGGCCCGUUCUAGCAAACUUCUGGGCUGGUGUCAGAGGCAGACAGAUGGAUAUGCUGGUGUGAACAUAACAGAUCUUACAAUGUCAUGGAAGAGUGGUCUAGCACUGUGUGCUAUUAUUCAUCGAUUUCGUCCAGACUUGAUAGAUUUUGAUUCUCUAGAUGAAUACAACGUUGAGAAGAAUAAUCAGCUAGCAUUUGACAUAGCUGAGAAAGAGCUAGGAAUAUCUCCCAUUAUGACUGGCAGAGAUAUGGCGUCAGUUAGUGAACCAGACAAGUUGUCCAUGGUCAUGUAUCUCACCCAAUUUUAUGAGAUGUUCAAGGACUCUCUUCCUUCCAAUGAUAAUCUGGAACUGAAUGCGGAAGAAAAAGCUGCUUUAAUUACUAACACCAAAUCACCAAUUUCUUUCCUAAGCAAGUUGGGACAGACCAUUUCACGGAAACGGACACCAAAGGAUAAAAAGGAGAAAGAUCUGGAUGGUUCAGGAAAGAGGCGGAAAACCAGCCAAUCAGAAGACGAGGACACUUCCAGAAGCUGUCGUGAAGACAGGCCCACCCUUGUAAGUGCCCUGACCGAGAGAAGAAUUGAUGCCGCUAUCGGGAACCAGAAUAAAGUGAAGUCUAUGGCAACACAGCUGCUAGCCAAAUUUGAGGAGAAUGCCCCCGUACAGUCCACAGGCCUCCGGAGACAGCCUUAUCAAGACCGUGCUCUCAGCCAUCCUGCCUAUCGACAGAGAGAGCAGGGCCGCCAUGCCCCAAUACCUCAGUGGAAACAGAUGAGGAAAAAGGAGCGUUGUCGGACCUGUCCCAAAAAAGUGAUCAUGCUCUCUUCUUCCUCCAUUUGUACUUCCUCUCCAUCGUACCCCAGUCAGCAGGCCACCAGAUCUCCUCAGACAGAUCCACCUGGAGAACAGAGUCCCAGGCAUCAAUGGAGGACUCAUCAUUUCUUUUCAGAUGACCAUAUGGCCGAGCCUACCCUCACCAUUGAAGAGAGGGCAAGCCAGCUGGCUGCUCUUCUGGAGCAGAGGCCAACAACCAGGCACCAGCCAGAGACUGAGCGAGCUCGUCGAUCGGUUGUCGAGCAGUGGGAGCUCUCCCUUAGCCUCCGCUCUUCCAGCCGCCCCGCUUCUCCCUCAUCUGAUUCCCUCAGACAGAAGUAUAUAAAGAUGUAUACAGGAGGCGUGAGCUCAUUGGCUGAGCAGAUAGCCAAUCAGCUUCAAAGGAAAGACCAGCCUAAAACCCUGCUAGACAAAAAGGAACUGGGUUCAUUAAAAAAAGAAUUCCCCCCCAAUGUUGGAGGCAGUGAUGUCUGUUACUUCUGCCACAAGCGGGUUUAUGUAAUGGAGAGGCUCAGCGCCGAAGGCAAAUUCUUCCACCGCAGCUGCUUUAAAUGUGAAUACUGUGCCACAACUCUGCGCUUGUCCUCCUAUGCCUACGAUUUGGUGGACGGAAAAUUCUACUGCAAACCUCACUACUGUUACAGGCUUUCAGGUUAUGCCCAGAGGAAAAGACCAGCAGUGGGUCCACUGUCAGGAAAGGACAACAAAGGGACUGUACAGGACAACAUGGCGGCUGAUGGUGCAGGGCGUGCCAAUUCCAUCUCAGCCUCGUCAGAGAAGACCCCAGUUCCCAACAUAAAUGGCGUAGAGGAACCCAGUCUUGCUAAGAGAUUGCGUGGCACACCAGAACGGAUUGAAUUGGAGAACUAUCGGCUCUCGGUACAACGGGAAGAAGACUUGGAAGAAGUGCCAGAGGAGACAUUGGCAGAGCACAACCUCAGCAGCGUGCUAGACAAAGGAACAGAAGAGGAUGUACCCAGCAGUAGUUCAGAAUCAGAGAUAGAGGAGGAGGAGGAAGAGGAGGAAGAGGAGGUCGAGGCAGCAGACCAGCCCAAGCAACCGACCUCCGAUCUGGGUGGCGUGCCAUGGAAAGAGGCUGUGCGAAUACAUGCCAUGUUGAAAGGGAAGAGUGAGGAGCAGCUGGAGAUUGAGAAAAAUCAUGAUCAUGAAGAACAGGAAGAGGUGGAAGAAGAGGAGGAGGAGCUGGAGGAGGAGGAAGAAGAGGAGGAGGAAGAAGAAGAAGAAGUCUCUAGCGAAGAGGGAGAGUAUUACCCUUGGGAGCGAGAACUUCAGCAAGGCCUCUGGCUUCAACGUCUAUCAAACGAAGAGGACAUGGGUACUUUUAAAGCUGGAAACCUGAGGCUGCAGCAGAUAGUAAAUCCAAUUGAUCCCCUGGAAAUCUUGGCUGAUGUGCAUUGGACACACAUCCGUCAGAAGGAGGAGGAGGAAAAAGUGGGUCCCACUUCUAAGUCCUCCACCUCAAGAGCAUCUGACCUUCCCUCCAUCCGCCACGAGGCAGUACAGGCAUGGCUGGAUGCAGUCCCAGGAGCCCUGUGUGAAGAGAAUGAUGAUGAAGAUGAAGUGGGUACUGAGCCAGCAGAAGCUAUUGAAGAUGGAGACACCGGGGCAGAGUUGGAUGAUGAUGACAUCCCUUCUGAUGCAGAGGCAGAGUGUCGCAUCCAUCAGGAAGAAAAAGAAGAAGAAAAAGAAGGAGAAGAACUGAAAGUCUCUGAGCUCAAGGAAGUAGAAACAGUCACCCCUUUCAUUAUGACGGAAGAUACCUGUAAUCCUUGUCUUCCAGUCCAAUCACCAUGUGAAAGGACUGGUUCUAUUUCUCCAAUUUGUAACGAUAAGGAAGAAGAAAAAGAGGAAUCUCUUAUACCGAUAUACAGAAAAAAGUCAUCGGAUAUCCAUUUUUUCUCUGAGCCUUUCCUCCCGGAAAAAGAAAAAGAAGACAAGAUCCUUGAUGAUCAAAAAGCUCAAAGUCCACCAGCAUCAAUUUCACCAAUACGGUCACAGCCAGUUGCACUGCCUGAAGCCAUCACACCAAUAUCUCCUGUAAAAUCACCGUCAACAGUACCCGUAGAAUCAAUUUCUCCACCUCUUGCCCCCCUGCCUAUUUGUUCACAGCCUUUGCCCACCACAGAAGCCUCCAUUACACCUCCAGCAGAGCCACCAGUGUGUUUUCAGCCAAUCCCAGCUUUUACUUCUACUCCUUUGGCCAAACUUGCUCUAAAAAGUAAAGAUGGGCAGAUGGAAAAACUGGAAAGUCCCACCACAACAGAAGAGAUUUUGAAAAGGAAUAAUCUUGUGGAGGAAUUCUGGAUGAAGAGUGCUGAAAUCCGUAGGAGUUUAGGCCUCACUCCUGUCAACAGAAGCAGGGGAUCAGACCCAAACUUUACCUACUCACCCCUAGAAUCUGUUCCUCUUAAACUAUAUAAUUCUGAUUUGGGGUCAGAAGAAAAAGGAAUCCAUCCUGUCAAACCACCAAAGGUAAUCAUGCCAAAGUUGGAUAAGGAACAAUUUUCUUUGCUGACACCAACCUCCCAAUCAGAGAAAGAGUUGAAAAACUCAAAGGAUGUGAAAAGAGAUCUCUCCAGCAGUUCUGGACUGGGACUUCAGGGUAGUUCAUCCAACAUGAGGACACUGGCCAGCCAAAGUUUCAACACAUCGGAUUCCACCAUGCUCACCCCUCCGUCUAGCCCUCCUCCGCCACCACCUCAGAACGAAGAACCAGCAACGUUGCGAAGAAAAAGGCACCAGGCAAUUUGGCAGAAGGAAGCAGAGUCCGUACAGACACCUCAGAUGGCGCCAGCCAAUGAAAGAAUCCGACCCACCAGAAGUUCUUCUCAACCACCCAGAGAGGAGGUGAGGAAGUCAUUUGUUGAGAGUGUGGAUGAAAUACCAUUUGCUGAUGACGUAGAGGACACUUACGAUGACAGAACAGAGGAUACAAGCCUUAAUGAAAAAUACUACACUCCACCUAGCAAGCCAAGGCCUGAGAAGCCUCUUCAACUGCAUGUGGUUAAGGAAAAUGAUAGAUCAUCGUCCACUGAAGGAGGAAAGAGAGGCCUUCCUCAGGUCUCUGCUGAAGCUAAGGAGCUAGCUGAGGAAAGGAUGAGGGCCAGGGAGAAGUCUAUCAAAAGCCAGGCCUUACGGGAUGCUAUGGCUAAGCAGCUUAGCAGGAUGAAAGAUCUGGAGAUGACCAGCAGUGGUCUUGCUGCAAAAUCACGUAAAGCAUCUACAGCACCCUCAAAGACCAAAGAAUUUACUUUAGACACUUCAAAGCAUCCGACUGGCAAAACCAGCGAAGGCCCCACUCUGAAGCACGAAGCUAGUAGCGAGAGGUUCUUUCCCCCACUAACGGACCUUGGUGGUCACGAUGGGUCUAUCACAUCCUCAGACGGCUCCAGCGGGAAGAAUAAAAAAAGGACUUCUCUCUUCUCUCCCCGGAAGAACAAAAAGGAGAAGAAGUCAAAAAAUGAAAACAAGCAAUCUGACAAAUCUAGCAGCGCCGCUGAGGAAUCCACAAAGCCCAAAUCCCUUUGGAAGUCGGUUUUCUCUGGUUACAAGAAAGACAAGAAGAAAAAGGCAGAUGACAAAUCUUGCCCUAGCACACCUUCCAGUGGGACCACAGUGGAUUCUGGGAAGCAUAAGGCAUCUCCAUUGGUUAGAGCAGGAGAUUUGCAACUGCGCCAACACUUAAGCUUCUCCGAGGAUUCUGAUCUCUCUAAUGAAGAUGUCUUAGAACGUUCCUCACAGAGAUCUAAACGAGAGUUGAUUUACAUACCACACGCCUUGGCAUUCAAGAGAUCAUAUGCAUCAAAGAAAGCCUACACGGAGGAGGAACUCAACGCCAAACUGACCAGGCGAGUACAGAAAGCCGCUCGUCGUCAAGCCAAACAAGAAGAACUGAAGAGGUUACACAGGGCCCAGAUCAUCCAAAGACAAUUAGAGCAGGUUGAAGAGAAGCAAAGGCAGCUGGAGGAGAGGGGAGUUGCAGUGGAAAAAGCCCUCCGGGGUGAAGCAGUUGAGCCCAAUGCCGGGACACCACGUCGUAGACCUCUCUCCUUCUGUCCUUGCUGUGCCCAUGAAGGCAUGGGGAAGAAGGAUGACCCUAAGCUGAUGCAAGAGUGGUUCAAGCUGGUGCAGGAAAAGAACGCCCUGGUGCGCUACGAAUCAGAGCUGAUGAUAUUUGCACGUGAGUUAGAACUAGAGGACAGGCAGAGCAGGCUACAGCAAGAGCUUCGAGAGAGGAUGGCAGUGGAAGAUCAGCUAAAGACAGAUGAAGAACUCUCGGAGGAGAAGAAGAUCUUGAAUGAAAUGUUAGAGGUGGUGGAGCAGAGAGAUUCUCUUGUGGCUCUACUUGAAGAACAACGCCUUCGAGAGAAGGAGGAAGACAAGGAUUUAGAAGCGGUUAUGCUGUCCAAAGGGUUCAACUUGAACUGGUCCUGAGUGUAUCACCAUGACUGGUUGCUGAUCUGCAUUGUCCAUUUGGCAUAUGCCAAGUUAGAUGGAGCUGCCUGGUUAGAGGAGACAACUUGGAGCAGGAAUUGCUUCAGGAAUCUUGCAGCAGCUGAGUGCUUGAGGCAGGAGCUUCUUGCUAAGAGGGUUGCUUGUAAGGAUUCAGAGUCCUGGGUGAGGCUACUGAGCCGAGAACGAAGUCGUGAUCUGAGAUUGCGUGCCUUCCUUGAGGACCUGUGCAAGAGGUCAAUGUCUUUUUGUGUGUGUGAUCUCUGAAAGAGACUAAAAAACAAAAAUAUUUUGUGUGAUUUUUUUUAAAACAAGAACUUUAACCAAUUUAGAUGGGCCAUAACCUGUUCAUUUCAUAUUUACCCAACCUGUGGUAUUAAUGGAUUUGUUCAUUUAAAUAACAAAGGAUAAGGGGUGUCUAAUUAACCUUCUGAAAGGUCACCUUGUAGCAGCCUUUGGAAGAGCAAACCACUCACAAAGCACACUGUGUCUAUGCUCUUCUCACCAAAGAAAUCCGAAGCUGCCACUGUGGUCUACGUAUGGAGGAACAUCCAUAUCUGAAUGUUGACGGGAAACUUUGAAACAGAACUUGAAACGUGGUUUCUUGUGAUUUCUACAAACAGGGACAGAGGCAGACUCCCCUCCCCCAACACCCCCCCCCCCCACACCUUCUCUGCAAUCUCCAGGAGUUGCCAUUGUUCCAAGCAGAUCCAGCAUGCAAACUUUUUCCUUUCGGACAUGAAGUGCUCCAGACUGAAAGAAGCUGUUUCCUGUUUUCUGAUGACCUUGGACUACUCUGUUGUGAACUCGAUGACCAUUUAGACACUGGAAAGUGCAUAUUAUCAAAAGAUGGUUCCAUUCUGAAGCAUUUUGAGGGAUCUCCUGGGGUUAGUUCUCCAGCUUCAAACUUUCCAAGAGUGGGCUGUUCAGUAGGUUUUUGAUUCUUUGUGUUUUGGAGAAUAUUUUUUCCUUCCCCCUCCCCUCCCCCCUUUUUUUGCACGUCAGAAAUGAAGCAGAAGACCUAUCCUGGCCCUUUAGUCACUUUAGAUCCUUUAAUGUCCAUUAACUUAUUUUUUAAUACUUGAAAGAAAAAUUGGUUUUGUACCUUUUUAAGAAGUGAACAGAUGAGUGUGUGGUAAAGCUGUGUGCCAGCCCAACCUGUCCAUCUUUGUGUGUUUAAUGCUUUUCCCCUCUUCCCUGUAUCUAUUUAUUAGAGUCCUUAUUAAUGAUAUUACUGUUACACAGUACAUUUGAUCUGCAGGAAAGAUGCUUUUAAAUUCCAGACUAUUGAUUCUGAUUUGGGCUUCUUCAUGUUUAGUGGGAGGAUCUGGGAAAUAUGUGGGAAGAAUUCCCAUGCAGUAUUUUCUUGAACCCUCAAGGGAAAGUUUAGAAGGAAAGAGCAGUGAUCAUUGGAUUUAUUUCCUAUACUUCGAAAGAGCCCCCUCUCUUCUCUGAAUAAUGCUAAAUAUACAAUGUUAUUUACUAUUGCAAGAGGUUUGUAACUAGAAUGGCAUUGGUGCUUCUGUUCAUAUAAUCAACCAAUGACAGUGGGCCUCAUAGAAUCUACCACCAAGGGAAGGAUUAGCACCAAUUUCAGUGGUUCUGUCCCCAUUGUCCCGUUUCUGCUUUGUUCAGGAAGGGAAUAGGUGAUUCUCUCCCAGUGUAAAAGCAAAAGGGACAUGAAAUAGACUCGUAUUUAACACCAGCUCUGAAAUUCCAUAAGCACAUAUCCUUCACCCUGUUUCUCAAAGGUGCUGGCCUGCAACUUGCAGAACUUUCCAUUACCAAUGCACUGUGUUAGGGGGAGAAAACGCCAGUCUCUGGAUUAAGUCCUUUGCAGCAUCUUAAUUUACUAGACUGAACAGAGAAUGGAGUUCCAAUGCUAUACUUACGUCAAAAAGGGAAGCUUCCAGCAAAUUUUGCUUCUCUGGCAUUGCAACAGUAUGAGAAGAUAUUCCUGCUGCUAUAGCUAUAAAAGCUUACCAGAUAUUUUUAGCCAGAUGUUGGCUAAUCGAAACAAGAAUUUCCUUUCUGAUGUUGGCAGCACCUACCUCUGAAAGGGACUGUACCUCUUUUUGUCUUGAAAGAAGCCUUAAUUUCUACUUUUUUAGAAGAAUAUGGCUGCUGCCUUUUAUCAUUAAUCAAUAGAGAGUUUCUUUCCAUUAAAUACUUUGAUGUUAGAUUGUAUGUGUUCAAAAGCAGCAUCCUAGCAGCUGUAUUUUAGGCAGUGCCUAGAAAGAAAUGAUUUUUUUUUCCAGGAGACUGCACAGGUAUUGUUUUCUAAGUAUAUAUGGUAAUUGCUGUUUUAGGCUCACAAGCAACUUUGGCCACCUUAAAUAUUACUCCAGGGUGCCCAAGCUUGGCAACUUCAAUUCCCAGAAUUGGACUUCAAUUCCCAGAAUUCCCCAGCCAGCCGAUUCUGGGAGCUAAUGUCCUUAAGUCUUAAAAUUAUCAAGCUCUGAUCUACUCCAUGUGAUUGGAAGGAGGACAGACAUUGUUUCUUUAAUAGCUUUGUAAAAGAGGGAAUCUGCACUGCAGUUGAUCAUGAGACUUCAUUUAAAAAGGCACCCUUGUCCUGCCCUCCUUUGUACCUGGCUACCUACCACAGCUCAAAGAGGAACACAUUAAAUUUCUGGAAGUAUCCCACCCCAUCACCCUGUUACAGCAACAGAUGACAGGCAAAAUCCUACCUCUGAAGUUCUGUCUCACCUAAUAAAUUGGAAACAAAUACAAAUUGUUUACACGUGAUAAAAAAGAAAAGAAAAUCCUAUUUAAUGUUAAAUUCCUUUCUUUAGCUGUUGGGAUAAAUUGAUAAUGACCAUGGCCACUGUUAGAGAGCUUAACGUGCAUCUUUUCCCAUCUACAAAAAGGGAGAUUUGAUACAUUGUCUUCUUAUUUUUGGAAAUUGGUUUUAAUGUCAUCAGUAGGAAGAUUCCAGACAAACCUGUUUUUCAGCUUCAUUAUUUUCUAACCAAAAUUUGACCUUAAUGAAAGAAAUUCAUUCCAUUCCACAAACAAAACCCUUCUAGCUUUUUAGGACCUUGAAGUAAUAUUGUGAAUUGAAGAAUUCAUCCUGUGCAAUGCAGGCUAAUAGUUAUUAUCCUUUCCUGUGUGGAUCUGUACAAAUCCCCAUGGAGGAGGAAAAGUCAGAUUUGAAACAUGGUGGUGUGAUGAUAGACGUACAGAGAAAGCUGCCCUUAUAUUGUAUUUUGGUGAUUAUGAUUGCUCUUCAAACAGAGAUCCUUCUAGUUCAGGCAAAUUCAGGUAAGGAGCCACGGUAGUAUGUCUCUCUUACUACAUUUCAGCCAAAUCAAAGUUUUCUUCAGGAAUGCGGAAGAAUGUCUUUCAACAUCUCAAUCACAAAUGUCCACUUCCAACAUUCAUGUUGUCUUGAUAUCUAAGAAUGGAUAUCACAGCCAAACAAAGAGAACAUUCAACGACAAAAAGUUUCAUAGAAACAGGUACUUCUUUAAUAUUAUGAGUACUUAGUAAGUCCAUUCCUUCAGUGUUUUAUUUCCAUUCCAGAUCUUCCAAAUGACCAUGCUACCUAUGCUUUUUUGAUCUCCACCAACCAUUAGUGCAACAAUAAAACCAUGAAACAAAAGAUGAUUAUCCCCAUAAGGCAAAAUUAUGAAUGUUUAAAUUCUCUUUUAUGUCACAGCUGCGAAAUGAGGAAAUUAAGCUAUUUUGGAAGUAAUACACAGGGUGAAUGCAUCUUUUCAAUGGGUUGAAUUUUGAUGAAAUGGUUUUUGAGCACUGAUAACUAUAUUUAAGAAAUGGUAUUCAUUGGUAGGAAAGCCUAUAGAAAAAGUAGAAACUCUCAAAAAACAAUCUGAAGAGGCAGAACGUUGCUGGAAGAAGGGAAUGUCUUUAGAUGAGCUCAAAUCACACUUUUGAAAAGCUGAUGAUCAUUACUACACAUGCCAUAUGCUGAACAUAAUGGGAGAUUGGAAAAGCAGAAUUACAUAGCACUCCGAUGUUUCACACCAAGGAAGAUUGUACAGCAAAAUAGGGUGCAUAUUUUUCUGGGUUAAAGUAGGAAGAGAUUUUUAAGACUAUUCAUGGGCCAGGUUCCUGAUAUCUAGGAAGAAGAAAAGAAAAUACAACUUUUAGGUCUUGAUAAGAUACAAGUGAGAAUAGAAAUCAUUUCCUUAUUUUUCUUGCCUUUAGCUGCUAUAUCUUGGCACCUAUUCAGAUGAAAGAGACACUGGAUGGUUCAGUGUUUCUCAACCUUGGCAAGUUUAAGAGGUGCAGACUUCAACUCUCAGAAUUCACCAGCUGGCUUGAGAAACACUGGUGGCUUAUAAGAAUCAUGACUGUCAUUCUUAUAAGAAUUUACAAGAAUUUAAGAAUUUGAACCUCCUGCAUUGAGUAAACGAGUAGAAAUCAUGCUUUUUGAAAAAUCCUUUUUUUAAAAAAAAAAUAUCGUGACAAGAAAAGAAUCACUCUUACUAAUUAUACUUCUUCCUCUUUGGCUGUGGGUAUCAUGACAGAAGAAUUGAUUAUAUCGUGAGGAUGGAAUAGCUUCAUCUCUUCAACCUCAGCUGUAACCUUGUUCUGGAGAUUCAAGACCUUUCUUUUAUUCAAGAUUUCCAUGGCUAGGACACCACUUGCCCCCGGGAACCUUAAUCGGUUUGACACUUGUAGCAUUUCCUGUAAUAUUUUGCACUCACCGAGCUUAUCAUUUGACUGAAUUAUCAGGGAGUUUUGUUCGUUUUAAAUGUGGCAUGUUGUCUUCUUUAAGACAAGUAGCAAGCAUACAUGGUGUGUGCCCUCUGGCUUUUUAACCUUUUUAUAGUACAUACCAUUCAGGAGCCUUUUAGAAUACCUGCAGUGAUGUUUAGAAUUGCAUGAUCUCCUGGUGCAAACAGCAAAAAAGUUGUCCCUCUCUUUGUAUGGAUUUAAGACAAUGUAUUCAACAGUAUGUUUACAUUUGGCUUCUCUUCAGAGGGAAUUAUUGUAUUCAUUUUCCAGUCUCUUCUGUAAGGAAAAUGAAAAUGCUGUGAGUUUGGGAGUGUUUGCAAUAAAAAGAAAACAAAACCCGCA